CGAAAACAAUCCCUUCCAUCUGAACACUCUCGGCGGUGUCUACCCGGCGGUCCAAAUAUUCCGCCCAUAGUUCUCAUCUACAACAAUCUUCCUAUCCAAAGACUCAAUUUCGGCACUAGCGGCAGCGUCCGAGAAGAGAAGGCUCUUAGGCGGGACAUACGGAGCGUAAUGGCCAGAACCAUCGGCAGCGCAGAUUACGACUUGCUCCAAAAGAUUCCGAUUGACCAUAGCCAGUUGGACAUGGAUAUCCGUCCACUCACAUCGGAGCUCUUCACGUUUCACUCUUCAUCUCCCGGCGGGGGCUACUACGCUCUCCACGAGCUCUGCGACUACGGCACCAUGCGCUACCACAUCCUCAUUACGUGCAGUGACGAGACGGCUUCCUGUAUUGAGAAGACGCUCCUACUAGAAUGCAAAGCCUCCAUGAGCCGCGACCUAAACGACGACGGCCGCGAAGACGCUAUAUGGAGGGCCUGGCGCGACCUGGAACAUCUUUGGCAUCCCGUGGUCAAAGCGGACUAUCUCUCGCAGAUGCGGCAGAUGACGUCGGGGGCAACGACUCCGAACCUCAUUGCCAGGAGGGGCUCACCCUUCCCCCACGGACGGAAGAAGACUCUUGUCAAGCUCCACGUCUUCACGGUGGAUGGCACGAUUGCGACCAAGGAACACCUCGAAACGCUCAGAUGGCCCCGAUACGACCCUCUGCCGAACACCUGGCCGAGCCUUGCAGUGUUUGGCCCCACACAUGUCACCCUGGGCCCAUUGGUGCACGGGCGGCUCGGCAAUCUCGUCAUCGCUGGCGGCUCGCGAUACCUCUUCAAGUCGCUGCAGGGCUUCUUUGACACCCAGUACUUUAUCCGGCUCGUCGACAAUCUCGUCAAGCUCCAGGGUUCGCCGCGAUUCCCGGUUCUGGCGGGUUUGGCCGAGUCCGAGGAAGGAGAUGGAAGGAUCGACGGACUCCUACGGGAGUACGUCGAGGGCGAAUUUCUGGACGCAAUCGAUCCGACGGAGAAGGACCGGGCCACCAGACAGAAAUGGAAGCGGCAGAUCGUCGAAGCGGCUGAGAUCACCCAGAGAGUUGGUGUGGCGUGGUCGGAUGCGUGCGUCUCAGAUAUAUUCAUCAGGAGGGAUGCGGAUGGAGCGGAGAAUGCCCUCGUCUGUGGUGUCGGUAGUAGGAUCCUCCACACUAUGGGAUCCGGACGGCUCUUAGAGCCUGAAAUCGGAGAAGUCCGGGGCUUGGAGGAAAUCAUGAACUACAUUGAUGAUAUCAAUGGCGCCAAUUGA